AUGCACACUUCACCCACAACCAAUUCACACUUCACCCACAACCAAUCCACACUUCACCCACAACCAAUCCACACUUCACCCACAACCAAGUCACAACUUACCCACAACCAGUCCACACUUCAACCACAACUAGUCCAUACUUCAACCACAACCAGUCUAGACUCUAGCCAUAACCAGACCACACUCUACCCACAACCAGUCCACACUUCACCCACAACCAGUCCACACUUUACUCACAACCAGUCCACACUUCAACCACAACUAGCCCACACUUCACCCACAACAAAUCCACACUUCACCCACAACCAGUCCACAUCCCAUCCACAACCAGUCCACAUUCCACCCACAACCAGUCCACACUUUAACCACAGCCAGUCCACACUUCACCCACAACCACACUUCAUCCAAAACCAGUCCACGCCUCACCCAUAA